AAAAAAAAAAAAACUUUGCUUUUGUACAAGACAUUACAGACACGAACAGUGUAGUGCAUCUAUUAUGAAUUCGGAGACGUAAAUCAAUGUUUUUGAGGGAAUGCAUUGUCAUAGAAAUAAAAUUCUUUGUUAAAAUUUUGUAUUAUUUUUUUGAAGACUAUUGACAAUUUAUAUGAUUAAAUUACUAAAUUAUACUAUUUUUUAUGUUAACCGGGUUAAGUUAAGUAGGUCUUUCGCACUUUCUAUUUAUCAUAUUAAUAAAUCGCAUUAGUAAUAUUAUAUUGUUCAACGUCGAUGGCUACAAGUGAGGUUGUCACUCCCGAGGAGGAAAAACUUAAUCCUACAUGUGUUGACGAAGAUCAAGAGGAUCAAAAAAUCGAAAGUGACCGGGGGCGAUUUUUGUCAAUUCGCUCUCCAUCAGUGACGAAAAUGGGCUGUUGUGGCUGUGGAGAUGAUAAGGUAGAGCCAUCGUCUCCCGAUGAUGAGGAAACUUCUGAUGACGUCAAUCAAGUUUUUUCCAAUGACCGUUCCUGCACUGACAUAUUGGCUUUAAUCAUCUUCAUUAUCGUUUUAUGUGCCUUUGGAUAUUUUAUGAUCGCUGCAGCAAAAAAAGGUGACAUUCAUAGAGUUAUCAAUGGUUAUGAUGAUUGUGCCAAUAUUUGUGGAAGAAUUACUUCAAAGGAAACUGAUCCACAAUUUAGAUGCAAGGGAGCUGACAUGAAAAAUAAGCCGUAUCUUCUGGUUAAUGUUGGAGCUGAUGGAGUGAAAUCGAGAACAUGUGUAACGAACUGUACCAAUUCACCAGAUUAUGUGACUUUUCUGAAUCGUUGCAUUCCAAAAAAAAUUACUGAUUCUGCAGGAUCACUUAUUAAGUCUCUUGGAUUAAAGGAUUUCUUUCACGAAGCAACACGAGAUCUUUCACAAGCAUGGCGUGAAUUAGUUUAUCUUCUUCUAAUCGCUUUAGCCAUUUCUCUGGUAAUUUUAAUUGCUUUUCGAUAUAUGGUACAAUAUGUCAUUUAUAUUGUUCUAUCUGGUGCUGUCGUCGUUUGUAUUGGUGGAACUACAUACCUUUGGUUGGCUUGGUACCAUGAGAAGAAGGCGGUUGAUAAAGGUUUAAUCCAUGAAGAUGACGCGAGCACUACCGAUUAUUUCGUAUAUGCGAUAAUAAUGUCUAUAGUUACAGUCAUCACUAUUCUCGUUGUUCUCGUAAUGCGAAAGAGAAUUGCACUCGUUGUCCAGCUAUUUAGGGAAGCUGGAAAAGCAGUUUAUUCCAUGCCAGCCUUAUUAUUACAACCCAUUUAUACAUACUUAAUGGUUCUUCUGACUGUUUUUGCUUGGGUUUAUUGUAUGAUAUUAAUAGAAAGUGCUGGCGAUCUUUACAAUAAUACGGCAAAAAAUCAUCUUCAUUAUAAAAAAGAUAUAAUUAUCAAAGUUACCAGAUGGUAUAAUAUAUUCAUUUUCUUUGUGAUGUGUGAAUUUUUCUUGGGAUGUCAACACAUGGUUGUUGCUGGUUCAGUUGCACGUUGGUUUUUCACUAGGGAUAAAAAGCAAUUAUCAUUACCAGUGGCAAAAAGUACCUCAACAUUAAUUCGUUUUCAUCUUGGAACUGUGUCAUUUGGCGCAAUGAUAAUUGGAAUCGUUAGAUUAUUGAGAACUAUGUUGGCUUCUGUGCAAAAGAAACUUAAAAAAUAUGACAAUGAUUGCACUAAAGGUAUACUUUGGUGUUGUCAUUGUUGUUUAUGGUGUUUCGAAUGUGCUUUAAAAUUCCUUACCAGAAAUGCAUACAUUGAAACAGCAAUUUACGGAUGCAGUUUUUGCACUGGAGGAAGAAAAGCUUUUCAAGCAUUAUCAAGUAACAUUCUUCGAGUGGCGGCUAUUAAUAGUGUCGGAGAUUUUGUUCUUUUCUUAGGAAAAGUUCUCGUUGUCGCACUCACUGUUGUUGCCGGAAUUUAUUUAAUGCAGAAAAAACCAAAUCUUCAACAUCCGUGGGUACCGAUUUUAAUUGCAGGAAUUUUUGCCUACGUAAUUGCGCACGUUUUCAUUUCAAUUUAUGAGAUGGUGAUUGAUACUAUUUUCAUUUGUUUCUGUGAAGAUUGUGCAAAGAAUGAUGGAAUUAAUCGUCCAUAUUACAUGAGUCGUGGUUUAAUGGAAUUCGUUGAAAAUAGUAAAAAAGCAUUAAAAGUGUUAGAAGAACGACAAGCAUCUACCUCGUAAAUUAAUAUUUUUGCAAAAAUUGCAAAUAAUUUUCAUAUACCUUAAAACGAAAAAGAAAAGUACAUUUUCUAUUUACAAUGUCUAAAAUUGUAAAUUUAUAAUUUACAAAGAAUUUGUAAAUUUGCUUAGAGAUUCGUUUGACAGAACAAUUUUCUAUAUAUAGGUAUAUAUUUAUAUUUAAAUUAUAUAUAAGAAGAUUCAGAUGACCAGUAUUUUUGUUAAGAAUUAUAUUUUAACAUUUUCGACUUCAUCCGCAGUUAAAUUUGGAGAUCCUAAAUAUAUAAAAUGUAGUUUUAAGAGUCAAAAACAAAUAUUUAUUUCAAUAGUAGAGUGGUUUAAAAAAAUGAAAAAAAAGAUGUCAGAACUUAGCUCUCUAAUUUUAAUAAAUUAGAAAGUAAUAACAAAGGAAUUAAAAUUUUUUAAACCACUCUAAUGUCUAGUAAAUGGAAAAUUAAUGCCUUAAAUUUUUUCCAAUUGUUUUAAAAGCAAAAAGAAAAACAAAAAUUUCUCAUAUUUUGCCCUAAAAUUUAUACUUUGUUAAAAUAAUCGUUUGUAAGCUUCCAAAAAAAAAAAAAAAAAGAUUAUUUACAUAAUGAAAAAAAAGUCAAUUUAAUUAAAAGAAAACAUUUUAAAAAUGCUUUUUCUUAUUGCAAAGACUGCUUUAAAGCUCGACUGAUUUUUCAGCUUUUUAACUAAUAUUGUUAUAGAAAUAUAAGAAAAAUGUUGAAUGUGUGAUAAAGAUAAAUAUUUCCAUUAUUCAAGAACAAAAUUCAUUAGAAAACUUUUUAUUUUUUAACAUUUAAUUUUAUAGAGUGAUUUAGAAUUAUUAAGUUUUUAUUGUAAAAAAAAUGAACAUUGCGAAUUGUUCACUUUUUAUUACAGGGUGGCUAUUAAAACUUAAAAAAAAGAAAUCCCGCGUUUUUCAGGUACAUAAAAAAUGUAUACUACUAACAAAAAACAAAAAACAAAAUGUAAUUAUGAUUUAUAAAGAAAUGUAUCUUCUACCUUAGUCUGUAACCGAUGCAUCAUAAAAAUUUUGAACGAUGAGAUGUGAUGGAAACACACGCGAUUUAAAAAUUUUCGAACACUCCCGAAAUCACGUUUUAAUUAAAUAAAAACAAAAUACUUUUUCUAAAAAAUUUAAACGAUUGCAAUUUUAAGAAUUUCGUACACUCCCGGAACAAAAAUUUACUAAAAUUACUAAAAUGAUUUAAACACUCUCGAAGAUACGAUAAAGGAAAUAUAUUUGCAUAGAGUAUUUAUAAUUAUAAAAUUUACACUCCCGUUGGCAACGCGUCUAAACAGGUCAAUACACGAAUUGCAACUGAUUUAAUUAUUUUUGGAAUUUUCAAUCCGCCCAUUUGUUUAUGACCUUCGGCUUAGGGCACCCCUUUUCAACUUGAAUAUUAUAAACACACAGCUCGGGAUGCAGGUAUAAAAAUAAUUCCAAAAUUGUAUUGACACAAUUAAAAUAACUUUGAAAUUAUUAUUUUUUUUUUAAAUAUUAAAUAUCAUUUUACUUAUACUUUACACAGGGACGUUAGAAAUAUUGAUAUCAAUACUUAUUGAGUUUUUGGGGUCGUUGAUUUCGAAUUACUUCACUUUAUAUUGAAAUCGAACACAUUUUUUAUUACUGAUCUACUAUUUUAUUACUGUGUGACCAUAAAAUUUCACCAUUUCUACCGUCAAAGGAGUACUAAAAUAAUCAAAUUGUUUAACAUUUUUGAUAAAAAUUUCUAAAGAGACGCGUACUUUAAAGGAUUUUCUGCAGGGUUAAAAUUUGUAGGCUAUUUCGGAUCCGCCAUGUUGAAUUAUUGAAAAGUAACUUCAGAUUCGUAACCGGCGACCGCAAAAACCCCCGAGUAACAAAUUUCAGAUAAAUCCAUUGAGUUUUUGAAAAAAUUGUCCGCCAUAUUGGAUCCGCCAUUUUGAAUUUUUGAAAACUUAUACCGUAUUCAUGUUUAGUGACCCAAAACACAUAAGUAUAUGGUGCAGAAAUAAAAAUAAUUCAUCAAUAUAUUAUUUUUUGCAAAAUAGUGUUUUUUAAGUCUUUUUUAGUGGAAAAUCGCAAUUUUGUCGUCCGCCAUCUUAAAUUUUGAAAUUCGCAACUAUACAGUUUUGUAACUGGGUAUUUGAGGACGCGAUAUUUUGGGUUCCGGAGCAAAUUAACUGUCGUUUUCCAUGUCAAAAUAUUUUUUGAAUAAAAAUUUUUUUGCAGAAAAUCAUGUUUUUUUUUGCAAUAAAAUUGUUAUAAAUAUUAAGGAUUUAAUUAUAAUUAAAUUUGGACUUCAGAAUCGAAAAGAACGAUAAAUUUUACGUUAGAAAUGGGCUAUCCUGCAUUUUUUAAAUUAUUUUUUCAUAUAGAAUAACAGCUGCUAAGUGAAGGUAAAUUUUUCGUCCUGGCGGUCGUUAAUGGGUUAAGGGGGGAACACCAGUUGUAACUUUCGAAAAAUCAAUUUUUUUUUUUGUGCAUUUUCUUAAAGUACACAUAUUUAGAAAUGUGUCUGUAAAUUUCAAAGUUGAUCCGGUGAAAAAUAAAUGAGAUAUACAGAACACUGCAUCGGCGCGUCCCGUGGCUUCAUACAAGGUGGCCAGCCAUAACUGACCCUAACGACAGAUGGCCUUUUCCUAUGAUUUAGAAACGGCAACCACUGCGGAAGAGUUAUUAUAUGGUCCAAGAAUCGAUGACUCUUUGUAACUUGGAAACAAAAUUUCUUCUGAACAAAAAAAAGUAAGUUGAAACUUUGAAUGCGUUUUUCUCAAAAUGACAUUUUCCAAGUCGGUGACCACGAUUACUCGAAUACCAUUAAACCGAUUUAUUUAAAAUUUAGUGUGCUUCAUUUACACAUAUAAGUCUAGUUCGUGAUCGAAGGAUUUUUUUUUUUAUGCAAAACUUUUUUUUAUAUAGCUGAAAAUCGACCGUAUUUUUUUAACGAAAAUCAUACUUUUGACUUUGACAGGUCGCCAUUUUGUCAAAUUUUUUUUUUUUUUUAAAUCCUUCGAUCACGAACUAGAUAAUCUUAUAAUAAAUGUAAAUCAAUUUCAUUUUUGUAUUUCAGACGAAGUAUACUUGCAGAAUGCUGGUCACCGCAAUUCGCCUUUUUUCUUAAGACGCCACUUCAAUGGCUCAUAUCUCCAAAAGUUUUUGUUAAAAAAAUUUUUUUUUUCUUUUAAAUUACAGCUUUUUACAUGUACUUUUAACUAAUAAAUAGUAUUCUUUAAAAAGAUUCAUUGUUCUUUUGGAAAAUAUUCUUGAAAAAAGCAUUAUUUUUUGAGUUACAACUGGUGUUCCCCCCUUAAGAUCACGUGAUUGUUGUGAUUUCCCAUGUAAAAUAUUCUCCAAAGGUUUUCUCACAAAAUACUUGAUAGAUUGAGGUAAAAUUUUAUGGAGGACUUAAAAAUAAUAUAAAGAUUCGUUGUCAUGUGCCAGAUUAUAUUAAUGUUUUGUUAAAAAAUUUAUUUUAAAUAUAAUUACAUAUUUGCUAACUGCAAUCCUAUUGUUGCCAUAUUGAAUUUUCCUCCAAUAUAUGUAAUUAUUUAAAUAUAAAUUUUUUAACAAUUUAUUAAUACUCUGGCACAUAACAGCGAUUCCUUAUAUACUAUUUUAGAAUUCUCCACAAAAUUUUAGCUCAAUCUAUUGAAAUAUUUUAGAAGAAAACCUACGGAGAAUAUUUAAAUAUGUGAAAUCACAACAAUCACAUAACCUUAAAAAAUUUUGAUAACAUAAGUUUAGAACAUUCAAUAUUUCUAAUCUUGCUGUGUAAGGUGUUGUAAAGUUUCCAAAAAGUCUUUAUGUACACUCGUGGCCAGAUAUGCUUACACAUAUUUGUCCUUUUCUAACACACGUGUUGCCAUGACAACACGUGAGUUAGAAAAAGACAAAAAUGGGUAAGCAUAUCUGUCCACGAGUGUAUUUAUGUGGUUUAUUUUUAAGAAAAAUAAAUUUUUGCCGCUAAUUUAAAAUAAUAUUACAUAGUUAUAAUACCAAGUAAAUAAAUUUGAUAUUUAAUAAAAAUAUCAUUACAAUUCCUGGUUUUGACAAAAAAAUUUCGUCUUUUUUCUGAUCAUGAUGCCACCCUGUUGAUAAAAGAAUAAAAUAUUGUUAUUUCGUUCAAUAUUCGAUCUACAAUAAAAUGUUUACGGUAGAUUUAAGUUUUUUUUAUAACAAUUAGCAACGAGGUAUGAUAUAUAUUUUUAUAUAUUAUAAUGUACGAUAUAUAGAUAAGCAUUAUUUGCUUUCUAUUUCACUUGACACGCACAUUAAUAUUUUUCUACGUCCAUUAUAUUAUAUAAUUGUAAUAAUAAUUUCAGUAAUAAUAUUAAAAAAAUUUUAAUCUUUCAA